CCCGGUGAAAGGUCCGGGGGGCAUCUAACACCACGCCUCCACCACAUUAGAACUAUAAAAUCGGAUGACACCAAAAAAUUACUCACAGUAAGACUCAUCUAAUAAACAUGGCGUUGAAAAUCAUUACGUUUGCUGCUUUCAUUGUAGUAGCUCGAGCUGGUGUUCUAAAUGAAGCCUUUCCACCACAAUUAGCCUACGCUGCAUCGCCAGUUGCGAAAGUGGCCUACUCAGAAGCUCCAGCUGUGUCAUACUCAUCUUUAUCGGCACCUUUUGCUUACCCCGCCCCUCCAGCUAUCGCAAAGGUAGCUGCUCCAGUGCAAUUUGGUGCUUCACCGUACGCCGGAUUGUCAUUUGCUCCAUCAGCACCGUUUCCUUCCCCAGCAUUAGCUCCAGCUUUACCUUACCAGCAACCUCAAGUUUAUUCUUAUGCAUCUCCACCUGUUGCACCUGUUUCUUACGCAGCACCUUCACUCAAACUGGCUGCCCCAUUAGCUUAUGCUGCACCCAUUGCUAAGACUGUUAUUGCUGAACCAUCUGCACCUGCUCACUACGAUUUUGGAUAUGCUGUUAACGACCCCAACACUGGAGACAGCAAAAGCCAGCAGGAAUCGCGCAGAGGUGACGUGGUGCAAGGAAGUUACUCAGUGGUAGAUGCUGACGGUACCAAACGUACUGUCGAUUACACUGCUGAUGACCACAAUGGUUUUAACGCCGUCGUUCGCAAGGAACCAGCUGCAGUAGCUGUGAAAGCAGUUGCACCAGUCGUGGCAAAAGUAUCUGCUCCAGUUGCUUACGCUCAACCUUUAGUUGCUUUCGCCGCAUUGGUAGCAGUAGCUCGUGCUGGUGUCAUCGGAGAAGCCUACUCUGCACCACUUGCCUAUGCAGCUCCAGCAGUAGCUAAGGUAGCCUACUCAGCCGCUCCAGCUGUAUCAUACUCAAGUGUGUCAUCACCUGUAGCUUCCUACGCCAAAGUAGCUGCUCCAGUAUCGUACGCAGCUCCAGCUGUUUCCUACGCCGCUCCAGCUCUCUCCUAUGCCGCCCCAGCCCUUAAAGUAGCUGCCCCAGUAGCUUAUGCCGCUCCUGUUGCCAAAGCAGUUUACGCCGAACCAUCAGCACCAGCUAACUACGAUUUUGGAUAUGCCGUAAACGACCCCCACACCGGAGAUAGCAAAAGCCAACAAGAAUCUCGCCACGGUGAUGUUGUACAUGGAAGCUAUUCCCUUAUUGAAGCCGAUGGCAGCAAACGUACCGUAGAAUACACCGCUGAUGAACACAAUGGUUUUAAUGCAGUUGUACACAAGGAACCAGCCACAGUUGCGGUUAAAGCAGUAGCACCAGUUGUAGCCAAAAUUGCCGCCCCAAUCGCCUACGCUCAACCAGCCCUCAAAGUAGCAACUCCAGUUGCCUAUGCUCAUUCUGCUCCCCUAGGAUAUGCUGCACCCUCAUACUAUCACUAAUUUAGUUUACUAAUAGAAAACUAUUUUGUAAAUAUUUAUUUCCUAGAAAAUAUAUUAAAUAUAUUUUUUAAUUGAA